AGAAAGGUGAGUCAGAAAUUUACACAUUAUCCCUACUCCAUACACAUAUGCCUUAUUGUUCUACUCUAUUCUCUUUCAUCCCUCUCUUCUUUUUUAUUUUUUACUUUUUUCUAUCCUCUUCUCGUUUUCCUUGUGCAAAUGGCCGCUGCCCUUUCCUCAAAUCCACCUACAUUGUAGACUUACUAUAUAGUGGUCGUCUGGCCGCUGGCCGUGUAUUCAAACAUUCCUAUGACUAUGAGAGCCAAUGAGUCUU